AUGCCACGCCUGACAAAACUUAAAAAAAAUUUGAGAGAAGCUCGUAAAGCAAAGGCUAUGAACCAGUAUAUCAAAAACAAUGUUAAUGAUGUUAAUGAUAUAUUUGUUUAUGAUGAUUCUGAUUCUGAUAAUGUUGACCUUUCUGAUCCUGAUGUUAAUGAUGCUUCUUUUGAUAAUAAGCUGGAAGGAUAUGAAGAUGUUGAUAAUUUUUCUGUUUGUGAUAAACUGGUAGAAAAUGAUAAGGCUGCAAGUAUUGAAACUCAAGUCGUACCAAAAGAAGAAAGAAUCAGCAAUAGCAAUGCUGAGAAAUCCACCACAGAGAUUAAUGUAGAAGUAGAACAUAAUACUGACGAACAAACUGAUGAUGAGAUCGAAG